AUGGGUUGGUUCUGGGCAGAUACUCCGUCAACCCCCGCAGCGUCUAUCCCACAUGCGUCCUCGAUUGGUUCUCCUCCGCCGGGAUGCCCGAUGCAUGAAUCGGGCCCAAAGCCCUCACCCUCGCCAGCGACUGUUGCUGAACUUCCUAGCAGUUGUCCCAUGAAAUCCAAAGAUUCUCCGUUCUACUCAGCUCCGAAAUCAACACCGGCGCAAAACCCGCAGCCAUCCGUCGAUACCGCGGCGCAGUCUUCAGCACUGUCAAAGCUGAAUCCCCUGAACUACAUGUUCGCAUCUAUCUCUCAAGAACGUGCUGCGAAUCAAACCGUCGAUCUCCCCGUGGAGCGCGAGGGCUCUUCCAUUCCGAGAGGCGACGGCCAAGGCAACUGGGAGUAUCCCUCUCCGCAGCAGAUGUACAAUGCCAUGUUACGCAAAGGACAUACAGACACACCCCAAGAUGCAGUGGAAUCUAUGGUCGCAGUGCACAACUUCUUGAACGAAGGUGCAUGGGAGGAGAUCGUAGGAUGGGAGCGCGUGUUCGCCAAGGGCCUCAAGUCUGGAUGGGAACAUUGCCGACGCGGCGAGGAGAACCUGAGUAUGGAUUUGACCUAUGCCGAUGAGAAUGGCAAAUUUGAUAUGACCUCCGAGCCUCGUCUACUUCGGUUCCAGGGUCGGCCGCAAGAGUGGUCGCCCAAGGCCCAGAUGUACCAAGCGCUGAGCUGGGCGUACCCCAGCAAGUUCCAGACGAAUCCUCCGUUCGACCGCCACGACUGGUAUGUCAUCCGCCAGACACCUUCGGGCCCCAAGGAAAUUCGAUAUGUCAUCGAUUACUACUCGGGUGAUCCAGAUCCCCAUGGCCUACCCGUUUUUCACCUUGACAUCCGCCCUGCGUUAGAUACACCGACCGCCGCUGUCGAGCGCUUAAUGAGGUGGGGAGGUGAUGUUUGGUGGAGGGCUAGUGGUGCAAGUGUUCGUGAACAGGCUUCGCAGGGUAAUUGA